AUGGCUGGUGAAGAUUAUUUUAGACUCCCUGAUCCUGUUUCACGCAAGGCUAAACUUCACAAAGGUUUAAAGGAUUUGAACAUAAGAUUUUUGCAUAUGGAUCCUCCACUGCAAAUUACCAACGGUACAAGACGUGAAAAAAGAACCAACGGUCGUGGUUAUCGAUACGCUUUAACCUGUUGGAAGAAGUUCAUGAAAGCCGCUCGAAUUAAGGUCCGUGACCAGGUUCACUAUUCUUUUGAUGAAAAUGAGCAGGCUGCUGUCACACUUCUGAAUAAUGUUGAUCUUAAUGUUGAUGAUUACACUAUCAGAAUCCACAUAGUCAGGCUAUGGACAAGACCUACGUUCAAUAAUCCUAGAAAGAUUUAUUGCUACGACAUGAUAUUCAUGGACCAGGAGGGUACGAAAAUGCAGGCCUUUGUUUUACAGAAAAACACUACUGGUUAUGAACAUUUGCUGAAAGAAAAUCAAUGUUUAACCAUUCGUAACCCUUCGAUGGGUGAAAAUCGUCAAAAAGUCAAAUAUGUUCAUAGUUCGUUCAAGAUCAAUCUAAAUGCCAACACUACUGUCCAAGAAUGCAAUGAGCCUGUUGGUGCUGAAUGGGGAUUUGACUUUUCUCCAUUUGAUUCUAUUGUGGAUGACCCUCUAGAUGAUAGCAAGUCUUUCAAAAGCCCUAUUGAUGUUAUCGAUUUUGUGGUCAAGUGUCUUCCGUUAGAUGAUAAGAGUGAUAAUAAUAACGGCAAAGACGAGAAGAAGACAACCUUUAUUUUGGAAGAUUUGCAACACCAUCAGAUUUACGUCACGUUAUGGGGUUGUUAUGCUGAUCAGAUUUUGGAUUUUGAGAAAAACAAUAAGGAUGAAAAGAAUGUUGUGGUUGUUGUUCAGUUUGGGAAAUUUAUCGAGAAACUUUCUCCCGAGAUUUCUUCCAGUUAUUCUGGCUUAAGUUCUCCUGUUGUGAAGACUGUCACUGAAGAGUUCCUAUCUGACUUGACUUUUUAUCCCAUUGGGUCGUUAAACUCAAUAGAUACGACGAGGUUUGUUGUCAUUGUUGGGACUAUCAAGAGUUUUGCAUCGAACAAUGAGUGGUUUUACAACGCGUGCACAACCUGCAACAAAAAGGUUUCAACAACUACUGUUGUUAAACAGAAGCAGGAUGGUACUGAUGGUGUUGAAGAGGUCACUGUCUUGGAAUGCAAGACUGAUGUUUGUAAUACAAAGAACGUUUCAUCAGUUCCAAGAAUUAGGCUUUAUAUACGUGUGCAAGAUUGUACUGGUAUUGUUAGUCUGACAUUGUUUGAGCGUGAGGUGACAAAGCUUUUGAAGGUUAAUGCUAAUCAGCUUUUAGACAACAACAUUGAAUUAGCAAACGAAGGAAGCUUUCCAAAUGAGCUAAGUUCUUUACUCAAUAUGAAGUUUGCGUUCAAGAUUGUUGUUUCUUCUUUUAACAUUAGCAAAAAGUCUGAUGGCUACUCAGUCUCCAAGAUGACUAAUAACCCGGUCGUUUUAUCGGAGCUUGAUAAACAUUUUGACACUAUUCAGCCUAUUGAUGACGAAGCCUUCAAUGUCGAACCAUCUGAUUCAAAUCGUAAUGAAGAUUUGCCUGUUAAGGAUUCCAUAUCCCAAACGGGAGACGAUGUAACCCCUUGCUCGAAUGUUUUUAAAGUUGGCUUUACAACAUCGUUUGAUCAGAAAGAUGCUGACUUGGAUACGAACAGCGAACGUGACUUGAAGCGCAAUUUGGAUACCAUGUAUGACGUGGAUGCUGUUUCUUCCCAGUCUUCAUCAAAGAUGCGUAAAGACAGUGGUGUCGAUGAAGUUCUUCUGAUUCCAAAGAAAGAAGCUUAG